AAAACCAGUAAUUUUUAAUUUAAAAAUUUCAGAUAUAAAAAAUAUUUUAACUAAAAAUGAAACUCACGAUUUUGUUCUUUGUGUUGGCUUUGGUUGGUUCUGCUUUGUCGUGGGGUGGCUACAAAAUCAACUUUGAGCAUCAUGACUUGGAGUUUGAUGAAAACAUCAUCAAUGUUGAUAUCAGCAUGAAGCGUAAGAAUGAGCAGACUGUCGUUAAUGUUCGUAGUGAACUUUUGGAGAACAUUGAGGACGAACUUUAUGCUCAAUUCUCAACUUACGAGAAAGACAGCGAUGGAGUUUACAAGCAUUUAGUAAAUGCAACUCUCAAUGCAUGCAACAUUUUGGCUCGUGUCAAGUCUCAUCCAAUUUUGAGACUCAUCAUUAAGGAGCUUUUAAAGUCUAGUAACUUCCCCAUGGCUUGCCCAAUCAAGAGAGGAUUGUACUACAUGAAAGACUUUGUUCUUAAUGAAGAUAUGUUGCCACCAUUUAUUCCACUUGGAAGUUUCAUGUCAAUUAUUCGUAUUAUUCGUAUGGUUGAUGAUGAGCCACAGGCAAUCGUCAGUGUCCGCGUUAUGACUGAAAUUGACUAUCCAAAAGAAAGAAAAUCAAGAUUCUUUUAAGCUGUUAGUGUUCACCCGUGAAUUGUCUAAUAUAUUGGGUUCAUAAAAUAUAUUUUAUUUUAAUUAAUUGACGGUUUAACUCCGCACAAAGAAAAUGAAUCAAUUUUUAUUAAAAACACGUUUUUAUGUUAAUGAGGAAGUUCGAUGAUGAUCAGCGCUGAAAUGCAUAAAUGACAAAUGAGCAAGAAUAUUGUGAAUAUUUAUAAUCAUGAAUAAAAAAAAUAACAAAAGCAAAUUUAAACAA